CCUGCCACCUACCGUACUUUCUCGCUUUUGCCGUUCCAGGACACCUCAAUCGUUCACUGGGGAAAUCAAUAGAACGAUGACGCGACACAUGGAACGAUCGAUGGCCUCCUCGCUUCGCCAAUUCGCCGGCCUCGGCUCCCCGGACGGCACCGCCGCAUCCAGCUGCUUCCUACACCGCUACUCCCCCAACUUCUGCGCCUUCGCGGCGCUCCGGCCGACCCGACCGGCCACCGCCGCCAAGACCCGCCUCCGCGCCGCUCCCGCCGAGCAGCAGCAGCAGCAGGAGGAGGCCACCCCGUGCCACGACCACGAGCCCCCCGCUCCGUUCCUGCGGGUCGGGAUCGUCGGGUUCGGCAACUUCGGGCAGUUCAUCGCGGGGGGCGUGCAGCGGCAGGGCCACGCCGUGCUCGCCGUCUCCAGAUCCGACUACUCCGCAUACUGCUCCCAGCACGGGAUUCGCUUCUUCAGGAGCGUGGAUGCGCUGUGCGAGGAGCAGCCGGACGUGCUACUGAUCUGCAGCUCCAUCCUGUCCACGGAGAGCGUCGUCCGGGCUAUCCCUUUCCACAAGCUCCGCCCUGACACCAUCGUCGCCGAUGUGCUCUCCGUCAAGCAGUUCCCUCGCAACCUGCUCCUCGAGAUUCUCCCUCCUGGGUUUGGGAUUGUCUGCACGCACCCGAUGUUCGGGCCGGAGAGCGGUAAGCAUGGCUGGGGCAAGCUCCCCUUUGUCUAUGACAAAGUCCGUGUUGCAGAAGACGGAGAUCAGGCAGCCAAGUGCGACCAGUUCUUGAGCAUCUUCGAGCAGGAGGGAUGUAGGAUGGUGGAGAUGUCAUGCGCAGAGCAUGAUCGCUAUGCCGCGGGAAGUCAGUUCAUUACGCACACCAUUGGGAGGGUUUUGUCACAACUCAACCUGAAGUCAACCCCAAUCAACACCAAGGGUUAUGAGACCUUGCUGCAACUUACUGAGAACACUGUAAGCGACAGUUUCGAUCUGUACUACGGGCUCUUCAUGUACAAUGUCAAUGCCACAGAGCAGCUCGACAACUUGGACAAGGCAUUUGAGAAGGUGAGACAGAUGCUGUAUGGUAGGCUCCAUGACUUGCUACGAAAGCAAAUUGUGGAGAGGGUCCCUGUGGCGGCGACCUCUUCAGGGAAGUUGAAAGAUGGCAGGUCCAGUGCUGCUGUGGCGCCUAUAUUCUUGUAACUACAAAAGAGAAGAAGGUGCAGCUACCCCCUGUUGCUGCUGUAAUCUCUGCUGCACUUCAACCAGUUGCUUCCAGCCCAGGGAAAUGCUAGUUCAUCUCCUUAACUGUUAUUUUGUUGUACGACCUGUAUGUGUGCAGUUGCCAUAGUUGUUAGUAUUCACGGAAGGAGUAAGAUCACGGAUCUGCUUUCGUCACUUGUUCCUGAUCUUUUCCACCCUUUCAGCGGGUCUGCCUGCUAACGUAAUCAUUUAUUCAAGAGAUGUGAUGGAAUACAAAUGUUCAUCUUACAUUGAGUAUAGAAA